UGUAUCAUGCUUGGAGAGCAACUUGAUUUCAAACCAGCCUAUUCCACAGAGCUUCAACUGAGACCUUGAUGUGGCCACUGCAGCCCAGAACACAUCUGGCAGGUUGAUAAGGGUGCUGUCCAAACAUGCCUACUGUGGAUGAUGUUCUGGAGCAGGUUGGGGAGUUUGGUUGGUUCCAGAAGCAGGUUUUUCUGAGCCUGUCCCUGGUUCCGAUUGCCUUAGCCCCCAUCUCCUUGGGCAUCGUCUUUCUGGGCUUCACCCCGGAUCACUGGUGCCGGAACCCAGGGGUGGCUGAACUGAGCCAGCGAUGUGGAUGGAGCCUGGCUGAUGAACUCAACUAUACAGUGCCGGGUCUGGGGGCUGAGAAUGAGGCUUUUCUCCACCAGUGCAUGCAGUACGAGGUGGACUGGAACCAGAGCACCCUCAGCUGCACAGACCCUCUGUCCAGCCUGCCAGACAACAGGAGUCGCCUGUCACUGGUCCCCUGUCAGCAUGGCUGGGUAUACGACAUGCCUGGUUCCUCCAUCGUAACCGAGUUUAACUUGGUGUGUGCCAACGCCUGGAAAAUGGACCUCUUUCAGUCGGGCCUGAACUUGGGCUUCUUCCUUGGCUCCCUGGGCAUUGGCUACAUUGCAGACAGGUUUGGCCGUAAGCUGUGUUUCCUGGGGACAGCCCUGGUCACUGCUGUGUCGGGUGUGCUGACAGCAGUGGCUCCAGACUACACAUUCAUGGUUCUCUUCCGCCUGGUGCAGGGAAUGGUCAGCAAGGGCGUCUGGAUGUCUGGCUACACCCUGAUCACAGAAUUUGUUGGCUCAAGCUACAGAAGGAUGGUGUCGAUCCUGUACCAGGUGGCCUUCACAGUGGGGCUGGGGGUGCUUGCUGGGGUGGCAUAUGCCAUUCCACACUGGCGCUGGCUCCAGCUGGCUGUGUCCCUGCCCACUUUCCUGUUCCUGCUCUACUACUGGUGUGUGCCGGAGUCACCGCGAUGGCUGUUAUCACAGAGGAGAAACACUCAGGCAGUAAAGAUCAUGGAACACAUUGCUCACAGGAAUGGGAAACCACCUCCUGCCGAUUUAAAGAUGCUCUCUGUGGAGAAGAAUGUGAUGGAAAAGCUGAGCCCUUCGUUUGUGGACCUGUUCCGCUCGCCAACCUUGCGGAAGUACAGCUUGGUCCUGAUGUACCUGUGGUUCUCCUCUUCUGUGCUGUACCAGGGCCUCAUCCUGCAUGUCGGGGCCACCGGGGAGAACCACUACCUGGAUUUCUUUUACUCCUCUCUGGUUGAAUUCCCUUCAGCCUUCAUCAUGCUUGUGACCAUUGACCGAGUGGGCCGAAUCUAUCCUUUGGCUGUGUCCAAUCUGGUGGCAGCAGCUGCCUGUUUAAUCAUGAUUUUUAUUCCACAUGACUCUGACAGUUUGCUCAAAGCAGUUGGGCCGUUUCACUCCCCUCCCCCAGAGACACACGACAAUUCCAUUGACCUCACCAACAUGUGGUAUGGCAAGUCUCUUCAGUACCAGCCAUUUGGUGGAUGUGCAGGCCGGUCUGUAGAUCUUAAGACCCAAGAGAAUCCAAGCUGUGUGUAAAGUUAAAGCAGAUUCCCUUUUGUCAGUUUGCAUUUGGGUACAUAAUUACUUUUCAUGCUUGUUGCCUUUGGAAAUGUUCAAUAAAUACCAGGCAGAUUUGCUGUUUUCUCCUUUGUUUUAAUCACUGUGCUUUGCACUUGUUGGCUUAAUGAGUCAUUUUGGCAGGCAUAUGUGCAAGGGGCUGUGGAAAAUGUCCUGUGAGAUCUGUGUUCUCCAGAGCUGGGCUGGAAAUACAUUGGCAGAGAGAAGACAGCUCAGUGGGGGAGGACAAAGUAGACAAGAAGAGGGGCAUAGCGAGUCUGGAAUAGAUUCCCCCUAUUUUGUCUCCAGUCUCCUGUUUCUGGACUCCCAGGGAAUAUGUCACGAACAGCAGAUUUCAGAAAUUAACAGCCCCAAUGCUGGGAAGGAGGGUGCCAAGGCCAGCAGAGCUCAGGCAUUGUCCUUCAGCACCCUGCAUUGCUCCUGCACGCACCACAGCCCUGGCCCGGUCCUCAUAUUCUGCCGCUGUCACUCAUUCCUUCCAGCGGUGCCCAUGGGGACAGGGCUGCCUGGACCCCCAGCUAGAAAAGACCCUCACAGCAGCCUGAGACUCUAAUAUUUUGGUUGGAAAUGAACAUUAGGCUGAGGAGUGGUUCAAGAACUACUGCAGAAGGGAGCUGUGUUUGUUAUCAUACCUCUUAUGUUUCAGGCACUGUGCUGGCAGUGACACAGUUGUAUCAUCAUUAAAACACCAGCCUUUAAAUUCUGUGAUUCAGGGGGGCUUUUGUUGCAUAUCAUUUCUAAAUUUCAUAGCACCCUAUAAGCUGAGUAUGAGCAUUUCCAUUUGACGGUUUAGCAGACCAAGGCACAAAGAAGUAGACAACUUCUGUAUGUCUGUACAGCUGGCAGGAGGCAGAACACAGAUUUAAAAAGUCCAUUUUUCCCUGAGAAGCUGAGGCAGA